UGCGAUCCAACCGACGCAAGUUUCGGCGCGCAAGUAGCGAAAGCAACGGUAUCAUAGCUGAUCAUAGCAACGACUGCGACGCUUUCGUGAUCCACUACUUCCUUGCAGUCCUUCAAAACUAUAGUUUGCACAAAGACGUUUAGAGGUUGCCGUUUCGUAGCGACACGAUGUCGCGAGACCCCGACGAAGUGGAGCGGGUGAGUCAUGCAGCGUGCCUCAAAGCAGCCGUGCACUACACCGUGGGACGCAUUUGCGAUGACAUGGCCGAGAAAGAAGGAUGCCUUCCCGUGCAGCGCCAUACGGUAGCCGCUCUCACUGAACUGGUGCACCGUGAAGUGGGCCGUGUGGCUCGCGACCUCAGCAUGCUGGCGAUGCACUGUCGCAGAAGCACCGUGACUGCCGAUGACGUGCUAUUCGUCGCGAGGAACUCGGGCCCCCUGCACGAUUACCUUCAAAGCCUGGUGCCUCCACCCAAAAAGACUGAGAGCAAACGUAAAGUUUCUGCAAAGGGACCCCAACAGUGACGCGUUAAUCCCCUCGUGGCAUCGCCCGUACAAGUUGCAGGCUUUCGUCAGUAGAACGAACAAAAGGUGUUCGGGGUCAGAAAACACAACCACCGUUUCUCUCCUUCCUGCCGGUGAUAGGUGUUGGGGACCCUUUCUUUGCCUGGAGUAAUGUUGGCGCCUGUUCACGUCGACUGAGCGCGUGCCUCUUUCUGCUCGACGGUUCUGAAUGUCAUUACAGCGACAGUUGUGUAUGGUGCCCCAAUGCAACAAAGACCUCCUUUCUGGUCUCUGUGUUACAAGAGUGUUGAAUUCCUAUAAAAAGCGACGCUCAGAAAAAUACAGAAGAUAUCACACACUGCGUAAAUCUAUGCAAUGCAAAGCAGCCAGCUCAGAGCUGCAUGCAUCGCCUUGUCUGUCAUUGAAGCAAAUGAAACCAUUCAUUUCAUGACAUC